AUGCUUGCAUAUGGAAUUCCUGGUGAUAUUGUGGAUGAGUGUGUUCGUAUGAGUGAGUCCACAUGUCUCCUCUCAUUGUAUAGUUUUUGCACGGCCGUGGUGGAAGUGUUCAGCCCGGAGUACCUCAAAGAGCCAAAUGCCGCCGAUACAGAGAGGUUGUUGGGGAGGUACAAGGGGCAUGUGAAAGGUGCCACUGUUAUACUAGAAGUUGUGGCUUCACAAGAUCUAUGGAUAUGGCAUUCUUUCUUUGGCAUGGCUGGUUCUCAGAAUGAUAUUAGUGUUCUUCAGCGGUCUCCGGUGUUUGCAAGGCUUGCAGAAGGGCACUCCCCGGAGCUCAACUUUGAGCUCAAUGGCCACCAUUACAACAACGGAUAUUAUCUAGCUGAUGAAAUCUAUCCUCAGUGGUCCACUCUUGUGAAGACAAUACCCAAUCCGCAAGGAGAAGAGACAAAGUUUGCUUCCGUUCUCUCGACCACGGCAACGGGGAGCACAGCGUUGGCUCUCAUCGUCCUCGCCGCCUUCGUCUUGUCCAUGCUGUCUACCUCGCUCGCCGUCACCUCGUCCUACGUCCGGCCCAGGCCGAGGGCGACGCUCUCCUUGCCCAAGGACGCCGGCGGUCAGACGCCGACGCAGGUCCAUAUAUCGACUGUUGGCCAUGACGAGAUGAGGGUGACAUGGAUCACUGAAGACGAUGCACCGGCAGUCGUGGAGUACGGCACGACCUCAGGCCAGUACCCAUUCUCAGCGACAGGAACCACCACGAGCUACUCGUACCUAGCCCUCUACCACUCGGGGAACAUCCACGACGCCGUCGUCGGCCCACUGAAACCCAGCACCACGUACUACUACCGGUGCAGCUCCGACCCGUCGCGCGAGUUCUCCUUCCGGACGCCGCCGGCCAGCCUCCCCUUCACCUUCGUCAUCGUCGGUGACCUCGGACAGACCGGCUGGACCAAGAGCACGCUGCAGCACAUCGCGGCCACCGACUACGACAUGCUCCUCCUCCCCGGCGACCUGUCGUACGCCGAUUUCCUCCAGCCGCGCUGGGACUCGUACGGCCGGCUCGUCGAGCCGCUGGCUAGCGCGCGGCCGUGGAUGGUGACCGAGGGCAACCACGAGAUCGAGAGGAUCCCGCUCCUCGAGCCGCGUGCCUUCAAGGCCUACAACGCGCGGUGGCGCAUGCCGUACGACGCCGGCGACUCCCCGUCGGGGUCGAACCUCUACUACUCCUUUGACGUCGCGGGCGGCAUGGUGCAUGUCAUCAUGCUAGGCUCGUACACGGGCUUCGAGGCCGGCACGGCGCAGCACGAGUGGCUGCGGGGCGACCUCGCCAGGAUCGACCGCGGCAAGACGCCGUUCGUGGUGGCGCUGGUGCACGCGCCGUGGUACAACAGCAACGAGGCGCACCAGGGGGAAGGCGACGACAUGCGGGACGCCAUGGAGGCGCUGCUCCGCGCGGCGCGCGUGGACGCGGUGUUCGCGGGCCACGUGCACGCGUACGAGAGGUUCACGCGCGUCUACGGCGGCAUGGAGGACCAGUGCGGGCCGGUGUACGUGACCAUCGGAGACGGCGGGAACCGGGAAGGGUUGGCAGACGAGUAUAUCGACCCACAGCCCAAGACGUCGGUGUUCCGGGAAGCGAGCUUCGGCCACGGCAGGCUGCAGGUGGUGAAUGCGACACACGACGACGACCAGCCGGUGGUGGCCGACCAGGUGUGGAUCGCCAGUCUCGCUUCUAACCCGGAUUGUAACAAUCCAGCGGGAACGGGGGCUCAGGCCUGAAGCAUUUAACUCGAUGUUGAAUGGUAUUGGAUCGGUAUCGAAUACUCUCAACUCUUGUACUCGUUCGUGGUUAAAUAGUAAUCUCACACGUGUAAAUACAAAUCUUUCUUCGGACUCGUAGAACAUCUUUUUUUUUGAAGGCGGACUCGUAGAACAUCUAGCGAUGACUACAAGUAUUGAAACGAGCCGAAGGCACGCCGUCGUCAUC